AUGUUCCAAAACGGUUUCUUCGGUCUCUUCAAGUCCUCCCAGCAAGAGGAAGAACCUCGCACCCAGCAGGUAACCUGGAACGCGUCCACUAUGGCCAUGGAGCAGCCCGCCAGCUAUGCCGGCAGCCAACAGACCGCCGCUCCCUCUCAGGAAGAGCAGCAAAUGAAACUCCGUGGUGGAGCCGGCUGCUGUGAUGUCUGCUGCGGAUGUUUCGCUGGUCUCUGCGCUUUCGAGUGCCUCGAGGACUGCUGUUAA